AUGACGACCAGGUCCGUGUCGUCCGACCAUUUUCUGGCGUUUAUGCGAUUGUCGACCAGUGAAAGCCGAACACAUACGACCAGUACUGAAUCGACCAUAGCCGUAUCGAAGACCGUGAAGACGCGCCGACGACCGGUACGAGCGCGACCUCAUGUUAGAGUAUAUCCGAAAGUGUUCUCGGUAAUGACCGUGAUAACGUCGCUUAUCGCCUUUCUUACUGGCUAUUUUUUGGCUGCAUUUCAACAACGGACAGACUGGUUUUUGCCGUUUAUUAGGUUGGUGCUUUUAUUUUGCAAUUUUCUUUUUUUUUCGGUUUGAGAUUUCAAAAUUUUAGAUUUUAGGUAACACUUUGGCGAAAUAGUUUUUCAUUUGCAAAAUGCAUGAGUAAUAUGUAAAAAAUGAUGGUUGAUAGCUUUGUAAUUAUGUAAUUUUAGUGACGGCGGAGCGUUUUCACCAGAAGCCAACAUUUUUGGGUUUUUUCUUUCAAUUGGAGGAUAUUGUUGUAGGUAUUGUUUACGUUUUUGAGUUUUUAGGUGCUUUUUAAUCGGAAUUUCUUGGAAUCUAUGUUGUUUUUAAAUGUCAAAGGCUAUUUUAAAGUUAAAAAACCAUUGUAAAUCGUAUCAAUUUUAAUAACUUUAGUGUAGCAACUAAAAAUCUUAAAACAUACCUAAAAUAUUGUCUUUUUUGGAUGUUGUACUAGAUUUUUGCAGUAAGCUAACAGCCGUUCAAAGCCUUAAUCUUUUUUAGGGAUUUUUACUGUCUUUGCCAUUCACAUACGAAUAAAUAUGCACAUACGAUCGUACAACAAACAUUACAUUUCGAUGAAGAAACGUAUAAGCAUCUACAUUAUGGAUACAGUUGGGAUAAUGAGUGGUCUUGGGGUUGUGAUGGUCGGAUGUUAUCAGGUAAGUAUUUUUUACUUUUACUGACUUUAUACUGUUACUAUUUUAAUUAUUUUUACUUAAAAAGGUACAUAAACCUUGAUAUCACAUUUUAGGAGGUAACAUUGAUCGAUCUUCACUACGUAGGAGCCUUCUUUGCGUUUGUAGGCGGUGUGUUCUAUAUCUGGAUGUUUCUUUUAAAUACCUGCUUUCUGAAGCCUCAAUAUUCUCCGCGAUGGCUGACACUCACGAGGCUGGCCUUUGUAAUCAUCUGCACGGUAGCUUUUUUUGGUGGAAUAGCGUCACUGACUCCAGAAUCUUUUCCGAAUAACAGUACCGUGCCAAAACCUUAUUUUAGUGAACAUGACAUUGAAAGGUACCCUUGGGGGUCUAAAGUAAGGUUUUUUAAAUUUUAAAAUUUAAAAUUUUUUGAAAAUUUGAAUUUUUUAAAUUAAAUUAAAAAAAAAUAUUUUUUAAUUUUAUGAUUUUCAGGAACGAGCAAAGCAAAUUAUAAAGACGAUGUUAGAAUGGUGCGUAGCCCUCUGUUUUUUGUUUGUUAUAUUCACCAUGACAUAUGAACUAAACUCCUUUACUUUGAGUACGACUGGACUAAGAAAGCGAUACUAUAAGUAUUACCGUGAAGUACUGAGAGAUAUCAGAAGAAAGUUAAGGAAUUCCAAGAAACUACAUGUGAGGUCCACCACUGGAUCUUUGUCGCUUUCUGAUUCUGAGUCUUCAACGUGA